AUGAAAUACUAUAACAAUUUAAUUAAAACAUAUCCAUCGGUAAGGAGUUUCAUUAAGGAGUUUCAUGCUUUUUCCGUUCUUCUUAAAGUGGUUACCGCUUCUUUUUUGGCUUUAAUUCUAAAGGUAAACAAUUCCUUGUCUUUAGACGAAUAUAGACCUAUUUGUCUCAUUAGUAGUAUGUAUCGGAUUUUGGCUAAAUUGUUGGCGUCAAGAUUGAAGAUGGUUUUGGGAAAUCUUAUUUCUACUUGCCAAUCCGCUUUUCUUCCUAAUCGUAACAUGUUGGAUGGAGUUCUUGUCUUGAAUGAAUCAUUGGACUUUGCUAAGAGAUUUAACAAAAGGUGCAUGAUGGUAAAGGUUGUUUUCGAAAAGGCGUAUGAUUGUGUGUCGUGGGAUUUUCUUAGGUACAUGCUUGAAAGGAUGGGGUUUGGAGUUAGAUGGAGAAGUUGGAUCGAAGCGCUUGUUUUUAAUAGUUCCAUGUCAAUUUUGGUGAAUGGUAGUCCUACUAGUGAUUUUGAGGUUUUUAAAGGACUUAGACAAGGUGAUCCACUAUCACCUUUUCUUUUCUUGUUGGUGGCGGAAGGAUUAGCGGGCAUGGUUAAAGUGGCUUCCUCUCUUGGUGAGUUUAGGGGGUUUUCGGUGGGUGUUGGUUGCAAAUUGGAAAUUCUUCAAUUCGCGGAUGAUACGGUGCUCAUAGGUGAGGAUUCUUGGAAUAAUCUUUGGACGUUUAAGGCCAUCCUUAGAGGCUUUGAACUUGCAUCGGGUUUGAAGCCGCUUCCUCCUUUUUUUAAUUGCGAGAUUGGAGCUCCUUCCUCUUUUGUGUUUCUUGGGAUUCCGGUGGCGAUCAAUCCUAGAAGAUGUUCGACUUGGAGACCAAUAGUGGACAAACUAAAGAAGAUAUUAGGUGGAUGGCAUCACAAACACUUGUCGAUAGGAGGGAGAGUGGUGCUCUUGAAUUCCGUCUUAUCUAGCAUACCGAUUUUCUUCUUUACUUUCUAUAAAGCUCCUAAGGCUAUUGUAAAGAGGAUUAUUGACAUACAACGAUCGUACGGAGAUAUAAAGAGAGCUAUGCUCAUGGCUCCGUCUUUUAAUUCAAGGAGUAAAUCUUCCCUUUGGUGGAGGGAUCUUUGUUCGAUAGGUGCGAAUUCUACGGUCACUUCUUCAAAUUCGUUCGCAUCAUCUAUCUCCCUUAAGCUUGGUUCGGGUUCCUUCAUUCUUUUUUGGAUUGAUUGUUGGUUGUGUAACAAUCCGCUUAGCACUAUGUUUCCGGAGUUGUUCUUGUUAGCCGAAGACUCUCGUUGCAAGGUAAUGGGCAUGGGUUUUUGGAAUGGAGAUUUUUGGAGUUGGCAUUUGACAUCUUUUGUUAGACCCAUGGAUCGGGCAGCCGCGGCUCAGUUUGAAGAACUCCGGAUUCUUCUAGUUCCAGUUCAUCCCGCUAGAGCGGAAGUGGAUGGUUUCAAGUGGUGGCGUCACGCUUCCGGUUUUUCGGUUAGUAAUGCUUAUGAUUCUUUCUCCUUGUGUGUUGUUCCGGCAUUCUCUUUGGAACCUUCUUUACGAUUGUGGAGAAAUUUUCUUUGUUUGUUGAAUUUGAUCGACGAUUCCGCGGUUGAUUCAAUAGUGGGUCGUCUUUGUUGGUUGGAGAAGCAUUAUGAUAAAGCGGGAGGCGUUGGUUUGAAGUGGUUCCUCGGCCUUGUUUUUUGUUGGAUUGUGUGGAUUGGUAGGAAUGAAGUUAUUUUCAAUGGCUUGGAUGUGAACUCCUUUGAUGGUUUAUCUCGCAUGAAAGCUCUUUCUUGGGAAUGGUUUAGUGAUUUCUAUAAGUUUUUUGUAAUAGGUCUCGGGAGGAAUGGUUCCUAG